AUUUUGGUUUCGAGAUUAUGUUGGAAAAAUUCAAUAUGGCUGUCUCCUGAAGCACCCGUUCGCCGAGGCAAAAUGAAUGGAUAAGUUGGAUAAUUGACCAAAAACAGCCAUGGCUGCAGGGGUGGCUAUUUUGACCUGCCAACCAAGCUCACAUCCAUUCCAAGAACGGCACAUAUCCUUGAUAGAGCCGGCCAAAAUUGGCCGCUCGGUGGCUCGAGCACGACCAGCAUCCAAUAAUGGCAUCUUUGAUUGUAAAGUUUUAUCCCGGAACCAUGCUAUGCUGUGGUAUGAAAAUGGCACGUUCUACCUCCAAGACACCAAGAGCAGCAAUGGUACCUUUAUCAACAACCAGCGACUGUGUAAAGGUGGGGAGGAGAGCCCUGCUCGCGAGGUCUACUCCGGGGACCAGAUACAGUUCGGGGUCGACGUCAUGGAGAACAAUCGCCGAGGCGAAAAAAUCACACAUGGAUGUAUCAUAGCUACUAUCACACUGUUCCACCCCGACGGCAGGGAAGCCAAAAACAUAAUAUCAGGAUGUAUGUCAGAAAAUACAGACAAAACCAUUUAUUCGGAAUCGAGCCCAUUUGUAAACACAAUCGCGCCUGGUAUUUCCAUACAGUCUCAGGAUCUGUACCAGCUGGCACACUACCUACAGGAAGCCCUUCACCGGGAAAAGAUGCUGGAACAGAAACUGUCAACGCUGCAGCAGCUUCUGGAGAACACACAGGAAGCUUCGGAGACGGGAUGGCAGGCCCUAAUCACAGAAGAUCGGCUUUUGUCUCGACUUGAUGUAUUAGAGAACCAGCUUCACACCUACUCUAAGAAUCAUGCCGAGGAUUCUUUACGACAAGAAGUUGUUACCUUGCAGGAAGAAAAACUCACCUACGAAACCACUGCCAAGGAAUCGCUUCGAAAAGUUUUACAGGAAAAACUAGAAGCUGUGAGAAAAUUAUCCGAUCUUGAGCGGUCCAUGGUGAACACAGAAGAGGAAUGUGCCCACCUGAAGGACAUGUGUGAGAAGUCCCAGGAUGAACUGCAGCAACUGGCAGAGAAAUAUCAGGAUCAGCUCAAGGAAGUGAAGGAGCUCCAGGACAAACUGUCUGAAGCAGAGAGAAACUUGGUGGAGGAGACGGAGAAAGCUGAUAAAGAGAAAAUCUGUCUCCAGGAUAAACUAGACGAAAUGGUCAAGGAGGAGGAUAUGCUCUCAGCCAAGCUGGAGUCUCUACAAGCUGACAACGACAUCACUAUGAACCAGUUAGCUGCAAUGAAAGCCAAGCUUGAAGCCCUGAAAGAGGAACCGUCCGAUAGCAACAAGGAAGCUGAUGAAAAGACAGACGAGGAUGAGGAGGAAAAGACGGAAGAUGAUAACAAACUGGUUGACUCAAACACAAUAGAUGAACAACCUCAGAUAAUUCCCACCUCCCCAUCUCUCAAGGUGAUCAGGACUGAUGAUAUAGAAGGUAAACUAAAGGAGACCCAACAACAGAUAGAGAAAUAUAAAGCCCAGCUUGAUGAAUCAGAUGCCAAACUGAAGGCUAGCAGUGAUAACGUUGAGAAGCUCCAGAAAGAACUUGAGGUUGCUGAAGCCGAGUCCCACCAGUAUGAAUCCAAGAUGUCUGCCCUAGAAGAAAAGCUAAGGCUGUCCGAUUUACAUAUGAAUCAGAUGAUGGAAAACACAAUGGCCGAUUUAGAACUUCAAUUGAAAGAAUCUCACAAACAGUCUGAUGGCAGUAAAGAGCUCAUCAAAGGCCUUCAAGACAAAGUAAACAAUAUGGAGUCAGAAAUUAUUGACUACAAAGUACAACAGAUAGGACGAGGGGAUGUCACUCUGGUUGGGAAUGGCAAUGCCGACGAAACAAUACACAAUCAUGUUGAUGGAGACCUCGACGACAACCAAAAUCUCAACGAUCUCCUGCUGGAGGCCAGAGACCUACAGAAGAAAGCUGAAGUGGAGCUGAAGGGGUACAAAUCGGAGCUGGACGAGACAAAGAUGCGGGCGGACACGCUACAAGAUCAACUUUCUAAGGCUGAGACCACCACCCAGGAGGUCAAGGAGCAGAUACUGGAUCUCCGAGACCGUCUUCUGGAGGAACAGGUGCACACGAAAACUAACCAACAACAGAAUGAACAGCUCAAGAGUCAAUUGGAUGAAGAGAAAACCAAACAUAAAGACACAAAGAAAGACUUGGAGGAUGCCAAGCGAACACAACAAGAGGCCCAACAGACUGCCAAGCAAAGUCAUAAUGAAACCGAGCAGCUCAAAAUCAAGGUUCGCCAUCUUCAAGAGAGAGUUGACGAUCGUAGAGAGAGGGCACGAGACUCGCAUCAUUCGCGAUUCUCUCACUCUCACUCGGAACCCCAUAGCCCCACCACUUCUAAACAGAGAGGUAAUAUUAUCGCUGCAGCUGAAUUUACUGCCCUCAAGGAGGAAUGUUCUAGUCUCCGCAAGCGAAUCCAGGCCAUUGAAGCCGAGAUGAAAAUGUCACGGAAAGAGAAUCUACAGCUGUCUGCGGAGUACAACAAGCUCCAGGAGUCGUACAAACACCUCGAGGCACUCAAGGUCCAGCUGGAGAUGAAGGAACUGGCGUGGAAAUCCAACCUUACUGAUUCACAGAAGGAAUCGGAGCAGGCCCUGCAGGAGGUGAGACAGGUCUCCACCCCCGGGGCCCCACCCCAGGGGGAGUCUUCACCAGACACCCGCCUGACACAUCUUGAGCAUUCUCAAGAGGAGGUAGCCAUAUUGAUGAAAAAGUGUGAGGCUUCGGUGACGAAGAUUGGAGAACUCAAAUCCGAAAUGGACAACAUGUCGGAAGAUUAUCAUCAGCUGGCUAACAGAUCAAAGAUGCAAUCCUUUGCCUCCAGUAUACCGCUGCUGAUGCUGCUCUUCGGAAUCCUGAUGGCCCUGUACCCCUGGCUGGCCCAACUUACAGCAACCACUACUUGACCCUGGCUAAAUGUCAACUUAGACCACAACCAUUAACAAUCAUCACUCUCCAACUCAACACAGCUACAGAUGUUACCACGGUGACCUGUGAAACGACUGUUGCUAUGGCAACCAGUGACAAUAUUGUGUUGAGUUGAUGUUGCAAUUUUCAUUGUCGUAGCAAUCAUGAUGACACUGGACCAGAGUGUGUGUUGCAUCAAAAAUGGACCAAAUUAUUUUGUUAAUGUGAGGAAAACAGAUUUGAGAGCUUCACCUCAAAAAUAUUUAAAAAAAAAAAAAUGAAAAUUCAUGAAAAGCGCACAUCCAAAAAUCCUUUCUCUAAAUUUGUUUAAAAAAUGUAUUUGUUUUUGACAAAUUGAUCAGUGUUCCAUUGAGUAAGAUAGUGGCCACUAUAAAUUAUAAAAACUGGAUGUUUUUUCCCGGAAACAACAUGAUAACACAGAAUUUUUAGUCAGGUUCCUUUCAGAAGUUUCGUGUAGAAUUUAUUCUACAGCAUGGUUUGUGAUAUUUAAAAACAAACAUGUUGAGCAGAUAGGAUAACUCCACCUUCACAAUUCUGAAAACAAAUAUUUAUAUCGAUGAAGUUAUUAGAUUAGAUUUAAACUUAUAACCGGUAGGUUGUUUACCUUGAUUGUUGACAAAGAGAAAAGAAAUACAGAAUAUGUUUUUGUUGCAUUUAUAAUGCUGAAUUGGAAUGAAGCUACAUUAACUAAUGUAUUGAAUCAUGUGUGUUGUUUGUUGACGGGUCGUUGUGUACAGCUAUCAUACAUAUUUACUUCAGCAUGAGAUGUUUAAAAUCUUCAUAUUGUCAUUUCGUUCGUGUAUGUUAGCCAGUUCCAUGUGAUAUCGUGUGCUUGCUGGUAAAGAGAGACAUUGGGCGACUGUAUGUGCAUAAUAGUGUUAUGUGAAUGGAGUGAUACAAAUAGUACACAAGUUAUCUCCCCUUGAUUGGCAAUCUUUUCCUUUCUACGGAAAUCUGUGUGUGACAUAAGUAAUAAAGUUUGUUGUAAUACUUAAACAAAAAAAUCAGGAAAAAAGCACACUGUGUGCUUCCUAUGGGGUUUAUUGCACAACAGGGCUGCAUUCAGCAUACAUAAUGAACUAAUCCAACCUUUGAAUUGGAAGAGUUCAAAUGUGUCUUCAGGGGUGAAUGGAGGGAAAUCUACAAAAAGGUUUUGAAAAAGAAUAUAUGAGAUGAUAUUAUUCUACAUUACAUAUUGAUAAAUCUGAAGAUCCAUGGAAAACCUUGAAGAAAGGUGUAUUUUGAAGUUAUUACGUUUACACCAGUAGGAGAGACAAUUAUUAAACUUAGAACAAUCACACCAAGAGGUUUGAAGGUUUAUCUUUGUUAAUUCAUAUACAGAUUUUGGUGAAGUGGUGUGAAAAUUCAAUAUAAGGCAUGUGAUGUGUUGUAGAAAAUAGAUAUCAAGUAAUUAUGAAUGAAACAUUGAAUAACGCAGGCCAGAUUUGGGUUUGUGUAGUAAGAUACCACUUGUUUUGGUUUCCAAACAUUGUAGAGCAUUCUCAGCCAAUGUAGUGGUCAAAAUUAAAUAAAAAUCAGAACUGUUUCCGUACUGAGUGCAGCCCUGUUUUGAUGCAGAUGUUGUAUUGAUUCUACCUCGCUAGAGACAUAAGUCUCUACCUCGCUAGAGACAUAAGUCUGUAAAACUCUCUUUGUUGAAAUGUAUGGGAAAUUGGCUAGAGAAAAUAUUUUAUUUUUGUGUUGAUCAAUGUUUACAAAUGUAGUGUUUUUAAACUGUGAUAGUGACCAAAGUUGUAUAAAGCAGUGUGCUUGAGUAUCAAGUUAGUGAGCAUCUUGCUUUAUGGAUUCUUUUUCUGUUUAGUAUUGAUAUAAAAUCUACAUAAAGGCUUUCUCCUAAUGCUUUUUUAAAAUGGAAAAAAAUAACUCAGUGUCAAUGGAAACUGCGUGGAAGAUACCAAACAAUCAAUGGCUAUAAAAGAACUAUUGGUUUCUGAUUUUAGUUAGUAAGAUUCUAGGUGUAAGGAAAUUAUGGCGACAGUAAGUCUCAACAUGGCAGUGGUGCUAAUUGACUCAUGCUAACUCAGGAGGGGGUGGGGCUGUGUGAUAGAUCUUACUUCAGGAGUGGGUGGGGCUGUGUGUGAUAGAUCUUACUCAGGACCAGGGGAUGGUAGACGAUUACAUAAGAUAGCUGCUUGUUUUAGCUACAUAUUAGGGAUUCACAGAGGGGACUUUCAGAAUUUUUGUUUCAUAUUUCCGUUCAUCAUUUCAUUCAGAAAUUGAAUAGAUCUCUCAAUCUAGACCAAGAUCCCCAUAACAAGGAAUGUUGUCUUAGUUAAUUGUAUAUACGGUAGCGUAGACUUUUGAUCUUCAAAGAAAGAAGAGCUGUUCAUCAAGGGGAGAUAACUUGCUUUUUUGUACAUAUUCUCAUUUGUUUAAUGUUUGAGUUUGUGAACCUGUUUUGUAUGCAUGUGUGGGAUUGAGAUACCUAAUCAAGAAUGUAUAUAUUUUACCAAAGUCUGUGUACAUAUGUAGAUAAUGUAUAGAUAUUAAUGAACAUUUAAUAUAAAAUUAUUUAUACAGGUUUUUUUCCCUCUUGUUUUAUGAAUGACGUUUCAAACAUUGUUAAUCCCAGUGAUUGGAUUCCUAGUAUCAAUGGCUUUACGAGAAAAGACUUUUAGAAUGGUCAGAUUAUCAUUCUUAAAGCCAAAAGAAAUUACCAUAGAUAGACAGAUUCAUUUUGACAACUUCCUCAGAUUGUUAUACAUGUAAACAUGAUUUAACUGCCUAUAUCAAUCUGUCUUUUUGUACAAUGGAGGUAACAUAGACCGAUGGAAAUGUUUUAUAUACAGUAUCAUUACCCCCUAACUGUCUCGCAUCAAUCAUUGAAUCAUUAAAUUAAAUGGGAUUUGAGAAUUUCUUGGAAAAAGGGCAUUGUCUACAUACUCGAUUUUCGAAAAUCAAUUUUCUUAGAUCAUAUUCACAAAAGCAUUUUGUGGCAUGAAAUAGCUGAACUAAAGCUAAAAUAUCUUUGUUCUUUGGAAAAGAAAAAGUUUAGUUCUGUUGUUUCAAUGCAUUCGUAAUCAUUCUUAAUAAUCUGAUAACAACUUUUAGUUGGUUUUUGUUUUGUGUGAUAUUUAUCAAACAAGCAUUGGAUUUUUCACUUUACUGGACAUUUGCCUCACUAAAUUAAAAUCUGGAGGGCAAGUUUCACAACCAUCACCAGAAAACUUAUAAGAUUUGUUUGACAUGUUAUUAUCUUUAUCCGUUGUGUUAUUUUAUGUAAGUAUGUCUUCCCACUGACGCCAGAUGGUCACUACUGGUCAACAGUCGGUCAAUCAACAGCAAUAGUUUAUUUCAAUCCAAAGACACCAGUUCAUAUUACACAUUAUAUUUUUACGUUUUGUAGGUUCUGCUUUGGCAACUGUUGAUGCCAAAUGCAACACUAUUAUUUUAUAAUAAAUAAUGAAAUAAUACAAAUUGAGACGUUGUCGUUAUCUGACACCAAUAAAUACAAGUCAGGUCAAAGUUUGUCUUAACAUACAGCUACCAUCACAUGCAAUUCAAGCACAAAGGAGACUAGGGAAAAUUGUUGUGAUUGACAACUACAGGCCACAGUGCAUGAAUAAUGAAGACAAAGCUGGCAAGACUAAUUUCAUAGCGGCCUACACUCUAUUAACGAAACUGAAAACUUUCAAUGAAAAUAUUUACAGGAAAAAUGAUAACAGUUUUAAAUAUUUAAUCAACCAGCAAUACCCCGUAAUGUAGUCUGCUUCACACAUAUUCAUACUUUGUGUUAAUCGUUAUUAUUUAAAACUGACAUGUGUGACUUUGCCGUAACCUUGACUUAACGCAUGUUUGAGUGAGGGAGGGAGUCUACACACUAACUUCCUGUUGUAGAUACCCCACCAAGUUGUGUGUAUUUAUGUGAGUAAGUUAACCUAUUUGUAAAGUAGUGUUGAUGUAUUUAAUACAACUCAGGAGCUACUGCACCGAUAUUGUGUCCGUCUCCUACAAGUGCUACAGGACAUUAUUUACAGAAGUGUAACCACUUUCUAUAUAUAUAGUCCUUAUUUGUAUAUCUAUAGUGCUAAUAGUCCUUUACUUUUACUUUUAAAGUUGUGGUUCUUAUCAUUGGACUAUUCCAGGAUGAUGGUGGUUCCUAACUUUUGUUGAUCUGUGAAUCAUAUUGAACACAAUAUAUUUAAAACUAGAUUAAAUCUGUUUGUGUGAUAAAUGUUAACAAGUCUGUCUAGUAGUGGGUUUGAUAUAUGGUGAGGCUUUAGUUUGGAAUCAUAUUAACUUGUUGGUUCCUUAUAUCCAUGGUUACAUGCUCUUCCCUCAAAUAUCUGUGCCUUAAAUCGCUUUCUCUAUUAGCAUUUAAGCUUCUCUCUUAAAUUUAGGAACAGAGUCUUUUUGUGGUUUUUUUGUUUGUUAAAUAAAAGCAAUUUUGAAUGAAAACUGUUAGUUCAAUUUUCCAUAGUUUUGAAAUCUUUUAAAACCAUUUACGGUCGUAUUGUAAUUAUGUCUCAUUCAAACUUCAUACCAUGGUUGAAAAUGACGAACACACGACACUCACUAUCACAAAUUGGUGCUGAAAACGGAUAUGCUGAUUUCUUCACACUGAAAUUACUGGGGACCAUUUCAUUCAUAUUACAGGGAGAGAGAAAGAAAUGCUCACAAUGAAUUUCUCUGUCCGCUUGAUAACAGGGGUGUGGCAUGUCACUACUUUGUGUCCCAGUCAUUUUCAUGAAGUUGUGUGUGUGCUUUAACAUGAAGUCAUAAACAUUUAAAGAGUAGCAGUGUUCGAAAGUAAGACAUGUGAACUUAAUCAUCAAUUUUGUGAGAGUUUGGAGAAAACAGAUUUAUAUGAGUGAAUCUAACAAGGCUUUGGCAUUUAAUUUAAUAUUUAAUAAGAAAUUCUGAAAAGAAGAACAGACAAUUUUUUAAUGAAAUAUUGCUUUUUAUCUCAUUUAUAAUUAAGUGACGAUUUAGUGUUAUUUAAAAUCUGGAACAUGCUUUUUUGAGUUGAAAUGGUACAAUUUAAAUAAGAUUUCACAAUUUUUGUUGGCAGAAAUUUUCGCUCCUAUUUCAAUUUUCUCACAUGCAUUGUAAUUCAGUUUUUUAAAGGCAGCUGUAUGAAGAAUGAUUUCACACUUAAGAGUAUUAUACUUGCUUUCUGUCAAUUUAAACAUGUUACAUAUUUUGUUACAUCCCAUAAUGCUACUGGUUUCCUUCAAGCACCCAGAAGGAGACUUUUUCUAUUUCUUAAGUUUCUUUUCUUUCAUUAUUUAAUUCCAGAUUACAGUUAAACACAUUCUAUCACGAUGGUCAUUUGCUUGUUUUUGUUCUUAACAACUGUUAAAGUACUUAUCUGGCUCGAAACAUGGCAUUUUUGAUCAACCUGACAAAAUUUUGAAAUACCAGGUAUGCAGCAAAUUUUGUUAUUAAACAAAUAAAGAUUAAGAACCUAAAAUUUUGAAAUUUAAAAAAAAAAAAAAAUUAUAUCGUUGUAGAAAAUUAAGAAAUAGAAAUCUGUGGCAUUGUCCUGAUUUGACACUUGUUUUCGCCUCCAGGGAGACCCUGGGCGUCUUUGUUUGAAAGGCUCAUACGGGUCCAGUCAUCAGCCUUUAGUUCCAUCAUUUUAACACCUUUCGUGGCGUGGUCGUUGUACAUUAUAGCGGGGCAUCAACAAGUUGUAGACUAUAGUUUACAAAAACUUCUUAUGGAAAUGUUUUCAUUUAGAAGAAUUACACUGUAAGUUUAUUUUUGUGGUUAAAUUAUGGCAGCAUGGUAGGUUUAAUGGAUUGAAUCGUUUUGUUGGAAUAAUUUAAUCCUGGAAUGUGUGAAAUGAUUUGCUAUGGGAGUUACCUUAGUGAAACGUGUUUAAAUACAUGGUAAACAAUGGGUAUUUUUACCUGGUGUGGUGCUAAGUAAACAUUUUCGCAUCAUUUGAAAAGUUCUUCCCCAGUAUAUUUCCAAACACUUUUCUCACAUUAUUUCAGAAAAUAACUGAACCCUGUAUAAUUUCGUCUUAACCAAACCCUGUUAAAUCUGGAUUCUGUAAGGUCCCUUUCACAUAGGUCCCACGGUUCAUAUUUCUGUGGAAACUGAAUAUGUGAAAACAAGCAAAAAUGAUCAAAUGAAAAUAAUUGCCCAGGUUAGGAAAGAAGUGGUUCACAUUCGGUCACGGAGAAUCAGGUGACAGUAGAACCAAUGUUACAACAAAUCUAGAUUAAUUUCUUUGCUGAAAUAUCUUAAUUUGUAUUGAAAUAAAAGUCAAUGAUUUUACUUUUGAAUCUUUAAAUAUUUGACGAUAGGACUGUUUAUGAAAUGCUUUAAUCUUUAUGUACUAAAACAUGUGCUUAAAAGGACUAAUGGAAUUUGUUUUAAUGCUUAUUAUUUACUUACCAGGAAACUAUUAAAAUAUUCUAUCUAGAAUUUACUAGGAAUUGAAAAAUAAGCAGUAUAAUCAGUUAUAUUAUCUGUGACCUUGAACUUAUUUUCUAGAGGAAAGAAGACGCCCAAUGUAAAUAGACAGUCAAUCAUUUCUCUUUAACAGUCCUUAAGUGAAUGUUUGUUGUAAUAACCUUACAUAUUUGAUGUAAUAUCACUUCCUUUCUUGCAAAGGCUGUAAUGAUGAUGUCACUUCCUGUUGUGUAUGUUUGUGAGAUAACAUCACUUCCUGUGGUGUAUGUUUGUGAGAUGACAUCACUUCCUGUGGUGUAUGUUUGUGUAAUGACAUCACUUCCUGUGGUGUAUGUUUGUAUGAUGACAUCACUUCCUUUGGUGUAUAUUUGUGUGGUGACAUCACUUCCUGUUGGGUACGUUUUCUCCCUAUCAGUCAAAGUACAUCAUGUAACUAUGUCUGACAGGGUGUCUAUAUUGUUUUCGUCCAAUCAACAUUGUUGGCUUUGUAUAUCGCUUUCUGACAGCAGUAAGAGAGUUUUUUGGCAGUUUUUGUGUACAUAGUUCAGUGGAGAUGUAGAGUUGACGUUCAUGCUUUUUUGUACAUAUUCCAAAGAGAGUGUCCUGUUGUUGCUGUUUACACACAGUUGUAUUGAUGUCAUUACAGUGAGUCUUUUUCUAUUAUUAUCAUUUAAACAAAUAAACCUAUGCAGAUUGCACCCUUUGA